AUGGCACUCGUUUUGAAAUGCGCUCCUAUCCACUUCCAUGAGAUUUGGGAGCUUCCAACCUGCACUGUGGUCAUUUUAAAGAAGUAUUUAUUUACAUGGAUUCCGCUCUCCAGCGUGGGUCCAGACCAAUCUCGGUUGAAUCAAGCUUUACCGGAACAUGUCGUAAACAGAAAGCUAAGCCUUCGACCGGAAGUGGACACAAUUUUUGAAAUACCACAAGACAUCGACGCAAUCAUUAUCAUAGCCGAAGUCCAGCUUUUCUCCGGUGCUUGGACGUGGACACAAAAACUUGCAAAGGUCAUUUCACUCCCAACUUCUAAAAAGGAUGUCCUUCGUAAACAAUGUGAGUUGUUCGAUGCUACUUACUUUGACAUGAUUUCCGACUUGCAUGAUGAUAUCUGGACGACAGCCCUAGUUCUAGCUUUCCUGCGCCUUAAAGAAAUCAAACGUGAAAUCGAAUGGCGUCUGAUGGCUAAGAAAGCGUAUGAUUGGCUAUUCAAUGUCCUAGAGGAAGCGAGAGUCAACGAAAUCAUCAAAGCUGCUUGCAGAGCUAUCUCAAAAUCAAUUUAA